CUUUCCGGUUCCAACCAUUCGAGCCCUAAGAUGGCGGACCGGCGGCGAAGGAGGAGGCGCGCGUCCCAGGACAGCGAGGACGACGACGAGUCCGGUUCGGGUUCGGACAGCGGGAGGUCGGGAUCCCCGGCGACUAAGACCCGGGGGAGAGAUCCCGACCCGGUGGAGGCGACAGUAGGUCGGCCCGAGGCGAAGAGCGACGUGGAGUCCGAGUGUGAGAGUGAAGACGGCGUGGGAGAAGCUGUCCUCUCUGACUACGACAGUGCAGAUCCUGAGGAAAACGGCUCCCAUUCAGAGGGAGCGGAGGAGGAAGAGGAGGCAGAGCAGUUCAGCGAUGAAGAAGCUCCAGCAGCAGCCAGCGAGCCCAAACCCCCCGCUGCCGACAGCCCAGCACAGGGAGAGGAGCGGCAGGGGGAGGAGGAGGAUGAAGAGGAGGAGGCAGAGGGGGAAGGAGGAGGACAGAGUAAAGAGGAGAGCAAAGCAGAGGAGAAAGGAAAUCUAGCAGGAGAGAGGCAGAGCGGAGACGGACAGGAGUCCACAGACGACCCUGAGACGAAGGCGGGAGGAAAACCUGGUCAGCAGCUCGACGACGACGAAGACAGAAAGAACCCAGCUUACAUCCCCAGGAAGGGUCUGUUCUUCGAGCACGACGUCAGAGGACACACUCAGGAGGAGGAGAGACCUAAAGGUCGAAACAGGAAGUUGUGGAAAGACGAGGGGCGCUGGGAGCACGACAAGUUCAGGGAGGAGGAGCAGGCGCCCAAGAGCCGCGAGGAGCUCAUCGCCAUCUAUGGAUACGACAUCCGAAACGGCGGCGGCCCCGGAGACCGGCCGUACAGACAGCGACGGCCCAGACAGAGUUUGUCUCCCAGCAGAGACAAACGGUGGGGAGGAGGAGAGCGACCGGUCCGAUCCUGGCAGAGCGGAGGAGGAGGAGGAGGUCUGAACCGAGGAGGAGCUCCUCCACCUUCAUCCAUCCACCCCUCCUCUACAUCCCCUUCCUCUCUCCCCCUCUCCUCCGCUCAGCGCAGCAGCAACCCCUCCAGACCACCUCCCUCCCGCAGCAGACCCCCGCACCAGAAUCAAACGCACCUCCCGCCUCAGCCCCACUACAGGAGUAAUGAAUCAAACGCACCCCAGAUGCACCAUAGAGAACGACAGGGCCCUAAAGCUCAGCUGGAGCCUGCAGGAGAGCGGGGUGUGGUGGGCAGGGGAGGGCGUGGUGGUGGGAGGGGCGGUCCCUCUGUGGUCAUUGAGGACAUUACAGUUAGCCAAGGAGGCGCCGGGGAGCAGGACCCGAGCUUAAGUACUGUGCCCGCGGCGGUGGUGGCGUCUCAGCCGGGCGGUUACCAGUCUGCCUCGCCGAGACGACAGCAGCAGGAGCAACGAGGCAGCGUCGACCGACCCGCAUCCGGGUUGGCUGCUUCCUCCUCCUCCUCCGCCUCCGACCCCUCCCUUCAGUCAUCAGCUGCACCGACCAAUCGGGAAGCCUCUCCUCCCGCCGAGCGGCCGGUGGAGCGUAAAUCUUACUCCCUGGCUCGCAGGACUCGCUCUCGGCCCGCAGACCUGGGCAGCAAACAGCCGUCCAUGGAGGAGUCCGCCGCUGGGGGGAACGCCUCCUCCCCAGGCAGUGUGGGAGGAAAGAGCUGGACUGGAGGAGGAGGUGGAGGAGGAGGUGGAGACGGGCCGAGUCAGGCAGGAGGAGGAGGAAUUGGAGGAGGGCUGACGGAGUUGGACCAGGACGUGGCUCGACUCAGUCUGGCAGGACAGAGCUGGAGCCAGAACCCGACGUCAUACAUCCGCUCUGAGAUGAGAGGCCUUCCCAACCCCAUGCACAUCCCCGGCGGCCCGCCUCAGUUCUCCAGCAUGGAGGAGAUGGGCGUCGGCUCCAAUCGGGCCAAGCGCUACUCCUCCCAACGCCAGAGAGCCGUACCCGAGCCGGCACCGCCCAUGCACCUGGGAGUGAUGGAGGGACAUUACUAUGAACCCAUGUCGUACCAGGGACCAAUCUACGCCCACGGGGAUGGCCCCGCCCCCAUCCCACCGCAAGGCAUGCUGGUCCAGCCUGAGAUGCACAUCCCCCACCCCGGUCUCCACCCCCACCAAUCAGGCGGCCCCAUCGCUAACCCCGCCCUCUACGGAGGACCGCCUGUGUCUCUGUCGCCAGGGCAACCACAGCAGCUGCUGCCCCCGCCUUUCUACCCUCCGCCGGGCGUCAUGACCUUCCCUUACCCAGCCAUGUACCCCAGCCCACAGGGUCAGUCCCAGGUGACCUACGGAGGUGUGACCUACUACGACACGGUGCAGCAGCAGGCCCAGCCCAAGCCUUCGCCCCCCCGCCGCACGUCCCAGCCCGUCACCGUCAAGCCCCCCCCUCCGGAGGUGCCCUUUGCCUCAGAGUGACCCCGCCCCUCACCCCUCCCCACCACCCAGUCUCAGCCUCACUCUGAUCCAGGAACUACAGGAGCGGGGUGGGAGGGUCGGUGAGGAGCUGCGGUCCCAACAGCAACCGCCAACGGUAACGAGGGAGGGACGGGCGGACGGAGGUGAAGACGGACUCUGCAGGUGAAGACGGACUCUGCAGGUGAAGACGGACUCUGCAGGUGACACUCUGCAUCACUGGUGGAAUCUUCCUUUUUUCCCUUUGUUUUCGACCUUGUAGCAGUCAGGCGGGUCGGCCAUGUUGGUCUCACUGUUCAGUAACUCACUGGUCGGAUCUGCCAACAUGGAACCUGAAAAUAUAUUUUAAAAAAAGAAAGUUGAAACCCUUUAGAGCCACUUUGAAGCAUUUAACGUCUGGAGAGUCGGACAGACGUCGAACUCUGCCACAGGCCACGUGUGGAAAUGAAAAGUGAAAGUCCAGUUUAAAGUGUUUCUGUCUUUUCUUUUUUCACGGUGAAGUUUUCUGUUGAGUCGUGGAAACUGCAGCGUAAACGGUUUGAGUUUCUCUUUGUUAUUUUCUCAGUUUCCCUCAGACGUGUACAUGAGCUACAGAAACAGAGGGUUAAUGUGUUUUUAUUUUCCACCAUCCAACCUUGUUCCACUGUUCAUACAAAGAGUCUAACCAGAUAAAAACAGGAGCUUUUUCCACAGUUCAGUUUGUGUAUAUAGUUUGAAUGCAGCUCUCAGUGUCAUGUGACCCAGUGCUUCCUGAUGUUACGUCGCGUUACAGCUGGUCGGCCUCCACACAGACAGACUCACACUUCUUCUUCUACAUGUUUUUGUUACGUUGACUCCGGAUACAUCAUCUGUGUUUGUUACUAUAACUGACUUCAGAAACCUGCGAAACGCCGUGGACUCACCUUCAGUCACAUUUAUCCUCAAACACUUGAUUCUCUCAGCAAGUUUCUCUUGAUUUACUUUAAAUUCCACUAUUAAACAUUAAUAAUCAGCAUAUAAUCAGUUUAUUAACGGUUUAUAUCAGACUGUACUGUUCUUAUAAUCAGCUCUGACUCAGUAUAAACAGAUUAAACAGUUUAUGACCAGGUUUUCAUGUUAACGUCCCCGACAACCUCUGUAGUCUCAUUUAGACACUCGUUAGCAACCGCCUUUUUUAAGACACGUAAAAGCUUCAAACAUCAGGAGUGGGGGAUUUACUGACCCAUUUUAUGUCGGAGAAUAAAACCUGAAAAUGUCUUGAGCUUGUGUUAAAACCACAGACCUUAUUUCAGACCUGUGGACUCAGUCCAUCUCCAUGUUUUAGGCUGCAGCACAGCUACAUUAUAGUGUGUUAUGAACCUGUUUUGAUGGGGCUGCCACUAACGAGUACUUUUUAAUUUGUUGAUUAAUUGUUUGGCCUGUAAAAUGGGAGAAGAAGCUCAGUAAGUUCAGACUGUAGCUGGAGGUUCUGAAUCACUGAGACUCCAGAACUAAAGAUUUUCAGUUGAUCACAUGAGACUGUGAUUCCCAAACCUGCAGGCUCCUCAUCUCUUAAAGUAAAUAUACACCUGUGAGACAGUUUCAUGUUAAAACUGUCCCAGUCUUUCACACAAAGAUUGAAAAGUGUGAAAUUUCUAAUUUUAUUCCCAUAAUGCAGUAGGACUAAAGCAUCAUCUUGUGUGAUUUUGUGUGCAGGACAGUUGCAGGUUGUCUGUCACAGCUGUGGACUUAACAUCAGCCUGCUGACCUGCAGACAGCAGUAAACUGACCGACUGUCUGUCAGGUCAAAGCUCAGACUGCAACACUGUGACUCGUCUCUCAUUUAAUGGACCAAACCUUUCACUGGUUAAAAAGCUUGUUCAUCUUUAGACGCUGAUGUUCACUCUGACCUGAGACAUGUUUCUGAUGCAGCUCAGUCCAGCUCUGCCUCUGACCACAGCCUCAGUGAUGAGGAUGAUCUGCAGCUUUAAUGACCCAUAAACAGAGUCUGAACAAGAACUGGACAUUUGAAGCUCGGUGAAGGGAGCAGCUGUGGCAGAGCUGUUGUAUAUAAAUUCGUCCGUUACACAUACGUCUAAAACAGUGGAGCUGUGAGCGAAGAUAAAUGGACUUUAUGAACAGAGCAGGUCGUCGUAUUUCAGCUGAGGAUGAGUCUUGGACACAUGAAAUGUUUUUCCAGGUGAAAGUGUCACCUGUAAACUUUAAAACCAAGUCGUAUUCAAACUGUGCUGCGCCUCCUGCGACUCUUAAAGUGAGUGAGACGAUGUAAAAUCCGCGGAGCGCCCCUUUAACACUCGUUCCCGUUGGUUGUUUUUUCCGACAGCAGCUUUUCAUUCCCCUCCUCCUGACGAGCAGAGAGUUUGAUUAUCGACACAAACGUUGCACAAAGAGCCUGUCGGAGAGAAGCUGCUGUUUAUGGUCGCUGUACAUAGAAAUCUAAAUGUGUAUAUAGAAGCUUGAACAGAUAAAAUAGAGCAGUAAACAUAUUCUAAUUAUACUACUAGUGCUACAGAGCAGUCAAACACAUCGGCAGGGACCUCGAAUGUUGACGAUGGAUGGAUAUAAUUUAGAGACGUAGACGACAAAGGAGCUGUGGCUUUAGCUUUGACCUAUUUGUUUCUCUUUUUUUUUUUUUUUUUUUUGAAACGUCACUGUUUAAUUUUAAUACUGUUUUUUAUUCUAAUCUGUGAGUGUGGGAGUGAGAGGACGACUCCCUGCUCACAGAUCAGUUGUUACCACAGAGGAAACCGCUUCAUUAAACUGAAAUAAUCUCAACACAAACACGUUUUCAGAGCUGAAGUUUAACUGAUUCUCUUCUGCUCUUUUAUUUUAGCACUGAACAAAGAACUGAGUAAUAUUCAGAAACAAACCUUCUGACCUCCUGCUCCGUUUCUUUCUUUCUAAUAAGAGCCUUUUUCCAGCACAGUUUAAUCCUUAAUUCUUUCUGUCUUUCUUUUCUUUUCCCUUCCUUCCUUUUCUCCAUUUUCUCUUUCUCUUCUCUGAUACUCUUCAUUUUCCUUUCUUCUGUCUUUACUUUUCCCUGCCUUUCUUUUUCUCUACAGUAUUUACAUUUUCUCUCCUUUUCUCUUUCCCCGCCAUCUUCUUCUUUCUUUACUCUUCUCUCUCCUUUUUUCCCAUUUCCUGUUUUCUUUCUCUGUCACAAACAAAAGUUUAUUCUUGAAUCUAAGUUUCAGACAUUUUAAUUUUUAUUUUGAACCAGUUUCCUGCAGGAACGUCUGAACGUUCUGAGCAGGUGCUGAUGAUUUCAAAUAAAAACCUUUCUCUCUGUUAGAGAUGGAAGCUGGAAGAUGGAGAUUUGUUUAGGGAGGGGGAGGAGGCGGCGGCGGCGUGGUGAGGGCGUCCCCCAUCACGUCUGGACUGGUUUGAUCCAUCCAUGCUGCCUUAUCUCAGAGGGUGUGACUGUUGGCAGCUUCAGGACACUCCCAGCUCAGACAGGUGAUCGGUUUCAGGUAUCGAUCGAUCGGUCUGUACGAUCUCUCUCCUGUGCUGAGAGCGAGCCGACUGCCGUCAGAGACGUAUCUGUUCAGUGUUUGACCUUUGACCUGAGCUGACCAGACUGUGUUCACUGUGACGACAGUGCUGUUUGUUUUAAUGUUACGAUGAUGAAGAUGAUGAUGAUGGUGGUAACUGCGUCAGUGGUUUAGUUUCUGUUUGUUUGUGGAGAACGUCGUCGUCCACACAGAGGAUCAAUAAAGAAAGUAAGAAUCAAAA